AUACGGAGGAGCUGCCCGGGUUGCAGUCCCGCCCGGGAGCCGGCAGGGAGCGGAGCAGCGGAGCCGCCCAGUCUCUCCGUCAGUCCGUCCAUUCCUGCGUCGUUCUGUCCAUCCUAACGUGUACUGCAAGAGCCACGAGGUAGAAGCCGGCAGGAGUGAAAACUGGACGCUAGAUCCUCCCAGUCCCUUGGGGCAAGCAUCCUGUGGCAUCCAAGCUCCUCUGGACAAUACCCUUGGGUGGCAUGGCAGCGAGCACAGACGUAGCUGGGCUGGAGGAGAGCUUCCGCAAGUUUGCCAUCCAUGGCGACCCCAAGGCCAGUGGGCAAGAGAUGAAUGGCAAGAACUGGGCCAAGUUGUGCAAGGACUGCAAGGUGGCUGACGGGAAGGCGGUGACAGGGACGGAUGUCGACAUCGUCUUCUCCAAAGUCAAAGCGAAGUCUGCUCGGGUCAUCAACUAUGAGGAAUUCAAGAAGGCCCUGGAGGAGCUGGCGGCCAAGCGAUUCAAGGGCAAGAGCAAGGAGGAGGCCUUUGAUGCCAUCUGCCAGCUGGUGGCAGGCAAGGAACCAGCCAACGUGGGCGUCACUAAAGCAAAAACAGGGGGUGCCGUGGACCGGCUGACUGACACCAGCAAGUACACGGGCUCCCACAAGGAGCGCUUCGACGAGAGCGGCAAGGGGAAGGGCAUCGCGGGGCGGCAGGACAUCCUGGACGACAGUGGCUACGUGAGCGCCUACAAGAAUGCCGGCACCUAUGACGCCAAGGUGAAGAAGUGAGGCCUGGGAAGCCCCCUGCAGUGGGGAUGCCCCACCAAGGCUCAGGCCUGGGCCCGAGGGGCACGAAGGGCGAGAAAGCCCGGUCCCCUUCCUGUUGGACCUUCCACCCAGAGCUUCCUGCCCAGCUCCGUGGGGCCAGCCCACCAGGCCUCUGACCCAGACUGCUCUGCAACCCCUUCCUCUUCCCUUCCCUCCCGACUCCUUGUCCACCUGGGGACAGUCAGUGCCUACAGCCACACUACCCGUACCUAGCCCUGGGCAUGGCUAACUCCUGCCUGCUUGCCUCGUAUUUAAGCUGCUGCUCUGGCCAAGUGCUUAACUUACCCAGACCUCAAUAAAGACCUUUUGUAUCAA